GCUCCGGGGCAGGAGGCUCAGUGGCGCGCAGAGAGGGAGAGGGGAUGUGGUGGAGGUGCUGUUGCUGACGGGUCAGAGCCUGCAUCGGUGCACCAGCACAGCCCUGUUGUGCUCGAGCCCAAACAAGCUGCAAAUGUUUUGCAAUUAUUAUUUUUUUUUUGGCUUUGCACUGUGCCUGUUUCUAGGCUAAACCCUCCCCUUUACUGCUGAUGGGAGAGUUUUCCAGAGAACCUGGCAAGAAGCAGCGUGAACAUGCUGAUGUGAAUGUCGACGUUAAUCUGCUGCAGAUCGAGCGGCACGUUUGUAAGGGACAGCCAGGAGAAAUCUGAACGCUUCCAUGGUGCGCCGCGAGCCCACGCUAUUGAGAUGAAAUCUCACGGACGGAAUCGGGUGGACGCGGCUGCUGCAUCAGCAUCCGAGCAAAGUGCUGCCCUGUUCAGCCGCAGCCCAUAAAUAGCGCGGCUGCCGCCUGCCACCAGCACGGGAGCUCGCCGGGAGAGGCACGAUGACUGAGCAGCAAAGUUCCCCCGAGCAGAUGGCGACUGGGGAGGGCGCUGGCGAGUACGGUGGCAACUACAAGGUCACCAUCUACGAGCUGGAGAACUUCCAGGGCAGGAGGUGCGAGCUGACGGAGGAGCUCCCCAACGUGGCUGAGAAGGAGCUGGAGAAGGUUGGCUCCAUCCAGGUGGAGUCCGGCCCGUGGCUGGGCUUCGAGCGACAAGCCUUCGCCGGAGAGCAGUUUGUGCUCGAGAAGGGGGACUACCCGCGCUGGGACUCCUGGUCCAACAGCCACAACAGUGACAGGCUGAUGUCCAUCCGCCCACUCCAGAUCGACAGCCCUGACCACAAGAUCCACCUCUUUGAGAACGUGGGCUACACCGGGCGGAAGAUGGAGAUUGUGGACGACGACGUCCCCAGCCUCUGGGCCCACGGCUUCCAGGACCGCGUGGCCAGCGUCAGGGCCCUGAACGGAACGUGGGUGGGCUACGAGUACCCGGGCUACCGGGGCCGCCAGCACGUCUUCGAGAAGGGCGAGUACCGGCACUGGAACGAGUGGGACGCCAACCAGCCCCUGAUCCAGUCCGUGCGCCGCGUGCGGGACCAGCAGUGGCACCAGCGGGGCUGCUUCGAGAACAGCUGAGGGGC